AUGGUGUCACCAAAGACAGAUUAUGUUGCCUAUUUGGUGUUCAAAUUGGUAGAUACGUCCAAUGGACUUGAAUCUGCUAAUUUAACCAUUAUGUCUGUUAGUUAUAAAGCUGACACUGCGACUGAAGAACAAGGCAACAUUGUGCAGCUAAUUUCAAAAUUUCCCAAACUAAGAGGAGAUGGAUGGAUGGAAAUAGAAUUGGGAAAUCUUAAUAGCAAGGAAGGCAGUGAUGGUCUUUUUAUAGAGAGAUUGAUUGAGAUUAAGCGUCCUGAUCAUGAAUUAAGUGGCCUCAACAUUGAAGGAAUUGAGUUUCGUCCUAAAAUAAUCGAAUAA